AUGGAAAACCCAGGCAUUACAGAAUAGUUGAUAUGGAAGUAAUAUAUCGAAAGGAUUAACUAAAUAAAAAAAGAAACAGAAGAAAAACACAGAUCAAAUGAAGAGAGUUUGGUUCUCUCCAGGCAAACAGAUACAUAAUAAGAGCCAUCAAAUUUAUUUAUUAAAAAUGAGUUUCAAAAUAAUGUCCUGCACCCCCCUCAAUAAAAUAAAAUAUUAGUACCACCACAGAUUAAAUCUAAUUAGUAAACAAUCUCACCUUCACAAUUUCUUUAAAAUAUAAAGAAAAGCAAUUAAGGUAAACUAAAGACUCCCGCACUUUAAAAGAUUUAACCAAUCGCCUAGCCAAAGGCUAAGCCUCUCAAAAAGGAAAAAAAAGUUAAAUCUGAAUUGAAUGUUUCAAAUAAUUUAAUCCAAGCAUCUACUCCAGCCGCUGUUUCUCAGUAAAUAAACAAUACAUAAAAACAAGAUUAACCAAUCUUUCAAUAAUCUUUAAAUCUAAAUUUAGACUUUACAUAGCAACUAGUAAUAAAAGCUUAAAACACUAUUAAGGCUUCUUAAGCAAUGCUAUAAAAGUCUGAGAAAGUAUUACCAAAGGUAAAGGAUGUUGCUGAUAAUAUUUAAACAACCUCAUCUAAGAUUAUAAGGGCUCUUGAAUAAAAGCUAUAAAAGCUCUCUCUAAAAAAUGAAUAGGCUGAUCCUACAUAUCAAUCAGUAUUGAACGAGGUUAAAAUAUAUGCUACUCAAUAGCUAUAAUAAUUUGAAUAAAUGGAGAAGCCAUUCAAUCUUUAAAUAGAAUAAGUUCAAUACGAGUCUAUUUUUAGGAAGUUAGAGGAACAAAUAAUUGCUCUCAAAGUAAAAGAUUAGGACAUUAUAGACAUUCUGAAAUUUACAUUAAGUCAUAAUGAGGUCAAAACUUCUAGAGUCUGUGCAAUAUAGUGCAACCCUUAGUAUAUUGUAUGCUAAUAAGAUCGAUUGAUCUAUGAUAAUAUGGUAGUUGAUUUAAAGUCACAGAAUCUAAUUCAAAAUUUUGAAGAAGUUUAUCAGGAUGCUUUUAUAAUGGAUGAUCAACAACUUUUGUUAUCUGCAGAUCGCUAUGCAAAAUUAGUUUAGGUCAAAUGGGAUGGUAGUUAAUAUCAGAAAGUCUGCUCUGGAAUACCAUUCAAUUAUGGAGGCUCAGGAAAGUUAGCAUCAGUUUAUAUGAUUAAGAGAAGUCCUUUCAUCAAUGAUCCAUCAUGCCUAUUUCUUUCAUAUAAAAGAGGCACAAUUUUUAAAUUGUAAUUGAAUUACAAGUAGUUUUCGUAAUCUGCCAGAACUAAAAUUUACAGCUGUGGAUUAAUAAAAGAUUACUAAUUCAUAGAUGAUUCCAGAAUGAUUGUCAUAUCGGACAAAGAAGCAGCACUAGUAGAUUAUAAUACUCAGCAAGUUAUUAAAUCUAUUAGAUUGAUCAAUGAGGAAUCGUUCGGCAUUCCUAAAUAAUUUGACAUUCAUAUUAUGCCGGUUAUUUUACAAAGCUAAAUUGAUAGAAAUGGAUAAAAUCAGAUAGUCAUCAAGGAUGUAAUGUAGCAGGGCUAUAACGGACAUAGUCCUCUAGAAGAUGGCAAGUUCAUAGGGGCUAUUGAUUUUCAGAAUAACCGGGAUAAAUAUACAUAUAUUUUAUUAGCGUAGUAAAAGCUUAUCACUAACUUUCCUCCUCCAAACAACUUUAAUAAGCCAUUCCCUCCUAGGCCAAGACCUGAAUUUCCUUAAUAAAAACCGAGGAACUAUUAAACUCACUAGUAUAACACUCAGAAUAGAAAUGUUGAGGCUAAGGGUGAUAUAGACCCAGAAGAACUUAAACUCAAUUAUUACUAAUCAACUGCGAGCACACAUAACAAUUCAACAAGCUCAAUUCAAAACUUGGCUAAAUAGAAUAAAAAUUACUAUGAAAAAUCAGUAGAGCAGGGAUUUCUAGUCUGGGUCAAUGAGAGGUAAAAACUAAAUCCUGCCUUAAAAUACGUCAAUUUCAAGUAUCAAUUCACCAAUGUCACCAAAGAGGAUUUUCUUUUGAACUUUUGUCAUAUCACAUUGAGUAUCCUUUAUAUCUAAAAUGGAGGUUAAGUGAGCUCAGAAAUUAUUACAAUACAAUUGAGAAGAAUCAGCAGAUCAUUUGAUGAAGUAGGUAAUUACUUAAACGUGUUGAAGUAGUAUUACAAAAAGGACUAAAAAUUUCUAAAAGAAAACACUAAAAGACUAACUUAAGCUUAAAUGGCCUUUGAAGCAUUGGUUUCAAUUAGAGGAUUGAAUAAAAAUGAUGUCAACAGAUUGCUGAAAAGAUAUGGAACUGUCUAGAAUGUAAUAUUAGCUGAUGAUUAUUCAAGAUUUAUGGAAUUAGAUGGUAUUGGAUCAUUAAAAGUAGACAGACUCACAACUUGCUUCAGAGGAAAGUUUAACCAUUAUUGA